AUGGCGCCGACUGGAUGGACGCGCAAUGCGACCUGCCGCAUCGUGGGGGGUGGAUUGCGCUUGCCUCAUCUCAUGGCGUUUUGCAUGCCUGAAGGAGUCGCCCUGCAUGGCAUUGACGUCAGACCCGAUAGACACGGUGGCCGGAUGUUGCACGCUGGAGGCCAAGCCGGCUUCCGCGUCCAGAAGAUGCAGUCUGCAUUGCUCUGUACCCUCAGGUAUCUCUCGAACGUCAGCCGUACUUGCCAGUACUUGCUGGGUACGGCCGGGUACCUGGACGGCCCGCUGCCCAAGAGGAAGUUGGGAAGAUUGGAACCGGUCUGGGCCGAGCCAAAUGAUCCACACCGCUUUAUUUCGUGUAUACCCCGGAUUCACCUCGACGUGGGCUUUGUCUCCAGUGUCGCCCUUCGUUCUUCGCUUGUUGCUCACAUCCAUUCCAUCGACUCUCUGCUCCACCUUCCCUUCUCCCUACCACCGACCCGCGGAGCUCCGCCGUGA